CGCUGUUAUCGGCAGAGGAAAAAAAUCCUGACAGUCGCCAUGAUACAGCAGCGGAAACGGGUGAGAAGUAGCUAGAAAACAAAAGAGAACACGCAGUCGUCCUCGCGAUUUGGUAUGCUCUUGCAGUGUUAUAGGAAUGCCCAAGGAAAAAUAUGACCCGCCGGAUCCCAGGCGGAUGUACACAAUUAUGUCCAGCGAGGAGGCAGCCAACGGGAAGAAGUCAUACUGGGCUGAGCUGGAAAUUAGCGGUCGAGUAAGGAGUCUCAGCACAGCUCUGUGGUCUCUUACCCAUCUCACUGCCCUGCACCUCAGUGACAAUUCACUGUCACGCAUCCCGCCAGACAUUGCCAAACUACACAACCUGGUGUACCUGGAUCUCUCAUCCAAUAAGAUCAGGAGCCUGCCGGCAGAGCUCGGCAACAUGGUGUCUCUCAGGGAACUGCUUUUAAAUAACAACCAGUUGCGGGUUCUGCCAUUCGAAUUGGGGAAACUGUUUCAGUUACAAACACUGGGGUUGAAAGGAAACCCACUUGCACAAGAAAUUAUGAGCCUCUAUCAGGAACCUGAUGGCACGCGGAGACUGCUCAACUACUUGUUAGACAAUCUGGCAGGGGCUAUCAAACGCAUACCAACAGAGCAGCCCCCAGCCCGGUCAUGGAUCUCACUGCAGGAACCCGACAGAACACGGCCCUCAGCACUGUUCUCUGUGAUGUGCUACAAUGUCCUAUGUGAUAAGUAUGCCACACGACAGUUAUAUGGCUACUGCCCGUCUUGGGCUCUAAACUGGGAAUACAGGAAGAAAUCCAUCAUGCAGGAGAUCCUCGGCUGCAAUGCAGACAUCAUCAGUUUACAGGAAGUUGAGACCGAGCAGUACUACAAUUUCUUUUUGCCUGAGCUGAAGGAGCAGGGAUAUGAUGGGUUCUUCAGUCCAAAGUCUCGAGCUAGGACAAUGUCAGAGUCUGACCGUAAACAUGUGGACGGUUGUGCAAUUUUCUACAAGACCGAAAAGUUCAGCGCAGUGCAGAAGCACACAGUGGAGUUCAACCAGCUGGCCAUGGCUAACUCCGAGGGCUCAGAGGCUAUGCUGAACAGGGUGAUGACCAAGGACAACAUCGGGGUAGCUGUGCUGCUUGAGGUCCGCAAAGAGAUGAUGGAAGUUUCCUCUGGAAAGUCGCUCCACGGUAUGGAGAAGCAGCUGCUCCUGGUAGCCAAUGCCCACAUGCACUGGGACCCAGAGUAUUCUGACGUUAAACUGGUUCAGACCAUGAUGUUCCUGUCAGAGGUGAAGAACAUAGUGGACAAGGCCACUCGCAGCCUCAAGUUGUCCUCUGUCUCUGGUGAGACCAAUGCCAUUCCACUGGUGCUGUGCGCUGACCUCAACUCCCUGCCAGACUCUGGCGUAGUGGAGUACCUGAGUACUGGCGGAGUGGACUGCACCCACAAGGACUUCAAGGAGCUCCGUUAUAGUGACAGCCUGACCAAAUUCAACUGUAAUGGCAAGAACAGCACGUCCAAUGGCAGGAUCACCCAUGGGUUCAAGCUGAAGAGCGCCUAUGAGAAUGGCCUGAUGCCUUACACCAACUACACCUUUGACUUCAAGGGUGUCAUCGACUAUAUUUUCUACUCCAAGCCUCACCUGAACGUGCUGGGUAUCUUGGGCCCCCUGGACCCCCACUGGCUCGUUGAGAACAAUGUCAGCGGCUGCCCACAUCCCCACAUCCCCUCCGACCACUUCUCCCUCUUUGCCCAGCUGGAGCUGCUCCUGCCCAACGCGCCCCCCCAGGUCAAUGGGCUCCAUCUGCCUGCACGCAGGUAGUGAGUCCCUGCCACACCACCAGGGGGAGCUGCAACCACAGCCUCUCCCUUUUAGUCUCCUCCCUCCCACUACCAGCUCUUCCCUCCACCACACUGGAGGAGGAAGACAAAAACACAACCUGUAAAAUAUUCGUACAGUGAGGUCUGGCCGACAGGGAUUUCGUAUAAUGUUAUAGAUAUUCUAUAUUUUUCUUUUUUUCUUUCUCCGUUUUUCUUUUUGUUCUUUUUUUAACUGCUCAAUUCAGUCCUGUUUGUGCAUCAUAAUUUGUGUUUCAGACCCCGUUUCUCCUCAAACUCCACCCACGUACUCACUUUGCUUCUGUCUUUAAAACUAGAGGGGAUGGUAGCGCAUUCAGAUUCGUCACACGGGGGCGCCGUUAGGUCUAAGAGCAAGGGGAAACUAAGAUGUGGCUGAGGGGCCAACGUGCACCUGAAAGGCUCCACAACUGAUGGUCUUUCUGUCUGUCUGUCCUGUAUAAAUCUGAAACCAGCAAAGACAGCAGACUUGUCAGUCUCAGACCUCCAUCUUUGGCUUGUGCGUGUUUUUUUCCCCCGUAUUCUGGGCAGCCAGCGUACUUUCUCAGUCUCUUCAGCCUCCACACAUUUGUCGACUCAAAUGUGGUUGGUUUAGAGCAGCUCUUAACCGGUAGAUGUGUACCCCUGGAGGUGGAUGUAGCGCAGCUCGUACGAGGUGAGAUUCCCUGCUGUCAUUCUGUGGUGCUGAGGCCUUCUGUGUGGUCACGGCCUCUCGUGGUGCUACAAGAUAGUCUACACCUCUGACCCCGGUCCUGGUGCAUUAGCUACCAAACCCACGUCCAAGAACCUACGUGUGACUGAUUUCACAUGGGCAGCAUGUAGUGUUAAUCUGUGAAAGAAAGAUGUUGUGAGAAACUGAGAGUAGCUACCAUCCUGUUUGCAGACUGUUUUCACCCCAGCUUGUAUAGUUCUAAGGCUAGUCUAGUGCUUCGAGCUCGUAUGGCCCAUGUACCACCUUUUAGGCAAGGAAUCUAGGCUGAUGGGGGAAAGCGAUGGGGGGGCUUUCACAAAUCUUUUCUUUGUAUCGAUUGCUUUUGGGCAGAGAGUAAUGGCUGAUACACAGGAGUAAAACCAGCAUUCCUCUCACUGUCUGGAGUUGCCAUCCAGCUCCAUACAUGCAAGCUUACACACACACAGACACACAAACACACAAUUACAGCUAAUUUGCAGGCAGAUCUGUAGCACUGUCUCCAAGGCCAGUAGUGACUUUCCCCAGCCAUAAAUUCCAUACACAAAAGCAGUGGUUUUUUUCACAAGUGUUUGUACAGAAUAGAAAUCUCGACUCAGUCUUUACAUGAUUGUAUAUGAACCACAAAAGACCUGUUUUCUGGCGUUUUUUGUACUAAGAGUAAAUUAUGAUCAGAUUUGAAAAAAGAUUGUAUUGUAAACUAUGGCUAAAUUUUUAUCCAGUUAAUGUUAAGAUGAAUUGAUAUUACCAGCUUGUACAAAAGACGUAAGAAGAGGUUGUUCAAGGCGUUCGCUGUCACUACUUUGCACUCCCUAGAGAUUAACUGUAAUUAAUGUGUCAGUAUUUUUUUUUUUUUAAUUUUUUCUCCCCUUCUCUGCUGUUGAUUUAAUUUGCCGGCAUAUUGCUGCGAUUUGUAAAUAGACACUGAGCAAACUCUGCCUGUUGCUUCUUGCCCAUUAACAAAGCCAUUGAUCCACACUGCUGCCAUCAGUUCAGACAAACGGACACACAAGAAUAAGUCGCAGCCCACCAGUGACUUCACAUCUGUUCAUCUAUAGAACACACAUAUACACGUGUGUUGUGCUUAGCAGAUACUCCGAUAAAUCCCACAUGUACAAACGAACAUCGUGCCUCACUGUAGCAGUUGUCGUUGUCUUGCACUAUUUACAUUUGACGAACGCCUGAACAACCUUUUCUCCUUUUAUUUUUAAAUACUGUUGACACAUUUGUGAAGAUUUUAUGUCCUUUUUGGUUUUUGUUAAUGUUGAUUUCCUUUUUUAUGAGCUGUGACAAUGUUAUGAUGAUGUGUAUAUCCUUCUUAUUCAUUGAGCUCUCUAGUAAUCAGGUAUGCUUUCUCCUUCGACCCUUUCUCCACUCCUUAAGGAACAUGAGUAAGGAGGUCUUAUCUCUCAAAAUUCACUGUCUCGGAUCAUUUUGCACCCUCCUUGUGUCCUAGCACAGCUCCAUGUCCCCCACCCCACUCCCCAGAAAUCCUCCUUCAUCCAGCACUUGAGUCCUUUCCUGGCCAUCUAUACAAAAUUCGGAUAUCCCCAAGCUUGUCCAUGAUCCUCCUGCACCCGUAACCGCCCAACCUCAGACCCACCUACCCACUAUAUUACUUAAGCUGUGUCUUUUUAAUCCCUUUGCUCAACCACUUUGUAUAGCUCUUUUACCCUUGUCACUGCAGCUAUAGUGCCAUCUGUGGACCCCUUACCUCUGUAUUGGAAAAGGUGGAAGGCCCACUUUGCUCUGCUUUUAGAUGAACAGAGGGACGAGGGGCUCUGGGCUCAGCUGUUUGUCUCCGACAGCCACGUUGCUUUGAAUCAAAUUCGUUACUUCCCGACCAGAGAAACCUUAAUGGUGACAAAACUAUUCUCCGACGGCCGUGAUCUCACAUGGACACGACGGACGAUGAGCACUUAGGUUCAGCUGCAGCUCCCUUCGCCCUGUCCCGUUACAUUAGUGAUUCAAGAUCUCAUUACUUUAAUGUAUAUGCUGAAAUAUUUUAAAGCAAGAGGGAAGCAAGUAAAUAGGAAGUAUAAAUUAGUCCUCAGAUCAAGGUUUUUGUCCCAUUUGUUUGCCCCCUACUUGUUUUUGUUUUUAAACAUUUUUUUCCAAUGGAAACCAAUGUGUCCAGUUUGAUAUUUUUUUUUUCUUUUUUUUUUCUGAAUGGCAUUAGUAUUGUAGUAGAUUUAAAGGCUAGCUUUUUUGUAAAGUGUGAAUAAAAGAUGUAUCUCAUGUUUCCUUUCUAAAAUGAUAUUGAAUUGUGUUGUUGAUGUGUAAAUCAUGAAUUCUAUGAUGGUGUUAUGUUUGCUACAUUGUUUUUACUUUUCCUCAAUUUUCCAUAAACUGUUAUCCCAUCACAAACCAAAUCCUCUGUAGAAAUCAUGAUGAGACAUUGUCUUGAUGGGUUGAUCAGAAAAGUUGAAUGUUCCUGAUGAUGCCUCGUAGAAUGAAGGAUUGAAUGCUCAUUGGAGGGAAAAGUACCUGCGUCAUUAGUAUUGGAAAAACUUUAAACACAGGGAUAUUCAACAUGUUUUUAUUUACUUUCAGCUUUAUUUUGUUGAUGUUGCGUGUUUAGGGCAGCAGAACUGUCUCACUAGUGGCUGCAGUUCAGUACUAGAGAACAUUUCUGACUGGUGUAAAACAUGUUUGUAAGACUAAGCUAAUGAUGUGCCGCUGGUCACUAGACUGGUCCUGUGAUGAUUUGAGUACUACUAGUCCAUCUCACUCUGUUCUUGUGCAUCACAGUGGUUAAAUCUGUUACACUAGCUAGCUACUAUUGAUAGUCACUGAUUUGUUAAAUCGUUUCGGUUGACUUCCCCCGUCUCCCCUCACCCAGUCAUUAUAUGGCGGACUGAAAAUCUGGCAAAUCAGAGCUGAGUUAUGUCACCCCGUAAGCUUCAGUGAGUGAUCACAUGUUGGCUUUGUACUUUUCCACUGUUGCAUUGUGUUUCAUAGUUGGCUUAUUAGGCGUAGAGUGAUUUCCCAGGCUGCAUCUCUUUGUAAUGGUGCACACCAAAGCUGCUUGUAGUUCAGUUCUCUGUUUUGAAGUUCUUUCACCAACCAUCGUUCCAGUUUGAUCCAAAAUCAUAGUCUUCAUGAAAUGUAGGGCUGUAAGGAAAGCAAGGUACUUUUGUCCUUUUCCUUGAAUUACAUGAACACAUUGCAUUCAUAUUCAUACUCGUCACUGUUGUUGGAGUUUGGCUCUCAUCCCAUUGCAUCCUUUUUCCAAGAACUUGGCAAUAAUACCUAGAAUCAUUUAGACACAUUCAGAAUUGGUUUUUAGAUAUUUUAUCUGGAAAAUGUAGCUAUUUUGUCUUUCAAACUGUGGUCGUUUAUUCCUUUUUGUUUUUUGUUUUUUUUAACUUUGCAAUUUCACUCCAACCUGCCGGACCGUUCUGUUACCUCAACACCUUUUGAUGCUUUUUGUUUUCCGUUUAUCAUCCAUCUUGUAUAUUUGCUCAUCUCCUUUUCCCUGCCGAUCUAGUGGUAGUUGUUCAAUGAUCAGGAUUGUCUAUCUGUAGUCAGCUGAGUACAUAUAUUGAUCUGUGUCACUGUGUUUAUGCACUGGACCAACUAUUGUUUACCAUUCAUGAAAUACCAGCAAAAAAAAAAAAAAAAAGAAUAAUGAUGAAACACUUGCACAAUGUUGUAGAAUGUCCAUUAACCCAGAUGAGAAAUCAAGGCAGCUGUUUUCAAAUCAACACAUACUGUUUUAAAAAGAAACUGAAUGGUAAACAAUGCUUUCUGUUGUACCCCUUAGCCGUCCUCUCGAUUCUCUUUGGAUUAGUUUUGUUCUUUUAUUUUUCCGUUGACUACAGGUUCUGCUUGUUUCCUUUACACCUACCUAUGUAUUUUCCUACUUCUGGUUGAAAAUAAAUUCUAUAUUAUCUGUUU